AUGAAAGAUUCAUUACUUUCGCAAAUAUUAACGGAAGCUGAAAUAAUUGAAUUGGGAUUAAAUGAUAGUUUGAUGAGGCAUUGCUCAUCUCCUUUUAUUUUAAACAAAAAAAAUUAUAUACAAAUUUCCAUUUUAUAUUUGAUUAAUAUAUUUUUUUUUUUUUGUGUGUAUAUAACUAUUAUUGUAUUCCGCAUAGUAGCCUAUAAACCCGAAUUCACAACUGACAUAUCACUAAUUAUAUAUGUUUAUAUUUUUAUUUUUUUUUAUAUUGACUUAAUAAUUAGUAAUGAUAUCAAAUAUAAUUUAGUUCGAAAAUAUAAUAUCAAAGAGGUCAGGAAAAGAAUAUAUGCAAAAUAUCUUAGUUAUAAAAAAAGGCAUAACAACCAAAUUGUACCCACCCUCAGCAAUAGCAAUAGCAACCAUAACAAUAUCAACCAUAGCAAUAGCAACCAUAACAAUAUCAACCAUAGCAAUAGCAACCAUAACAAUAAUAGCAAUAACAAUGGGAAUGGAAAUGAGAAUGGGAAUGGGAAUGGAAAUGGGAAUGAGAAAAAAAAAUUUAUAAAUGAUAAACUUUUUUCAAGAGAAAAACAUUUUAUUAUUUGCGAUAAUGAGCAAAAUGAGACAUUAAUUAAUGAAAAUAUAAAUUAUAACGAAGAUAAAUAUUAUGUAUUAGAUGAAUUAAAAAAUGUUAAUCAUAACAUAAAUAAAGAAUUGCUAAAAUAUAUUCAAUUUGAAAAUAACAAUUAUACAAUUACUCAUCAUAAAUUUGAUAUUUUUUUAAUUAUAGCUGGUAUUAUUAACCAAUUAAACACUUUUUGUGAUUUGCUAUUUUUAUUUUCGAUAUAUAAUCAUAGUAAAGUUUUAUUUUUUAUUUCUUUAUUUAUAUAUAUUUAUUAUUUAGUAUAUUUUAUAUUAAUACUUAAAUUCGCUGUAAAUGUGUCUUUUACACUAAUAGAAAUAUAUAGAAAGUCACUAUAUCGUUCAUAUAAAAAAUUUAUAAAAAAAUCAAAAAAAGCUAUAUCAUAUAUCAAAAAAAUUAUAUUAUAUAUCAAAAAAAUAAUUUACAAAUGUAUAAAAAAAUACCUAAAAUUCAUAAUCUUUAUAAGGGGUGAUACAAUAGUACCCACCGAAAAUGUGCCAAAUUUAUUUUUGAACAAAUACACAUGUUAUAAUAGUUGGGUUUUCUUUUAUAAAGAAAAUACUGAUACGACUAGCGACCUACAAAAUUUAAAAUUAAUUUAUGACAUUGAUUUUGAAGAUAUUCCGAAAAAAAAAUUAAAAAAAAAUUACAUUAAUAGAAACAGAAAAAAUGAAAUGAGAACAAAAGAUAUGAGUAUUCCACUUGUUGAAAAAAAUAAUAUAAAAUUUAUAUCCAAAAAAAAAGAAAAAACAAAUUAUGAAAAAGCUUUAGUUCCAAAGUAUGUUCAAAUGGUUGCUGACAUGUCAAGCAUUUUAUCCUUUUAUCACAUUCUCAACAUCAUGAAAAGUAAAUUUUUAUCAGCACACAACCUAUAUUCUCAUGUUAGCUUCACACUAAUUUUUUUCAUUUGGAAGCUUCUUUAUAUGGACAUUAUAUUAUUCCUUUUAAAAUUCUACAUUUUAUUUUAUAGUAGCGAUAAAUUAAUUAUAGAGAUAAUUUUAUUUAUUUCUCUAACAAAUAUGGUGACUUCAUAUAUAAUAAAUUUAGUUGAUAAUAAUUUGUUAAAUUACACUAACUUUAAUUAA